AAUAACAUCUCCGAGUCCGUCAGACGUGCUCACACAGGGGCAUAUUCAUUUCAAGGACUCUGGUUGCGAUUCCAGCCUGCAUUCGUUUUCUUGCUUUGACGUCCGUGUGCAACUGUGCAUGCGUGUGGUGGAUUCAAAUAGGCCCUUGCCCUCUUCAUAGAUACGCGUACAUACUACGUAUGAGAAGAUGGUCAUGGGGCUCCUUGAGUACGAACAAUGCGUACUUGUCCAACGUCAAAAGAGUCUGAAGUUAGCUUCCUGUUGUGUAGAAACACCAUCUCUGAUUGUUGAUCACAUGGAGCAUCGAACCCUCGAGUUUUGAGAGGACAUUGGCAUCAUCCACAGAAAACCAUUUGUGUACUUCAACCGUUCAGAGUGUGACCAUGGAGGCGACGAGAUCCGAGAAAAGAGCUAUUAUGAGGAAUGUCAUCAUCAUUUCCGUGGGUUUCAUGGUUUUAUUCACGUCCUACAGCUCGGUGACAGCCCUUCAAUCCUCCAUCAACAAGACGGAUGGAAUCGGAAGCUUUUCUCUCGCUGCCACAUACCUCUUUUUGGUGCUCUCCACGUUGUUCUUGUCUAAUAUCAUUAUUGACAAGAUCAAUACCAAAUGGGCCAUGAUAUUCUCCAUGGCAUGCUAUUCCACGUAUAUCGCAGCCCAAUUCUAUGCGACUUUUUGGACCCUGAUUCCCACAGCCAGUCUGGUUGGGAUCGCGGCGGCUCCGCUGUGGAUCGCCAAAUGCUCCUAUCUUUCCGAGGCCGGAAAGCGUUAUAGCCAAUUGAGUGGUCAAUCCGUAGACGCGGUUGUUGGACGAUUCUUUGGGAUCUUUUUCCUCUUGUUCCAGUGUGCCUCAAUCUGGGGCAACAUUGCCAGUUCUUUGAUCCUUGGUUCUGGCAAAUCUGGGAACGAAACGAAUCUCCGGGACUUGAACUCAUGUGGGGUGAACUACUGCCCAAUUGGAACUCGACCCGAAAGACUAGAGCCAAAUCUCACGGGACCAAGCACCUUUGGGAACGACGGACAUCUGCUUGAUGUUGAGGUGAUCGUCUCGGAGGACAACGAGAACUUUGACACGGAUCCCUUCAAAAUAUACUUGCUCUCUGGAAUUCUCCUGGCUUGUUCCAUUUUGGCUCCCUUGGUUUGGAGGGACACCUGA